AUGGAAGCCCCUGAGUACCUUGAUUUGGAUGAAAUAGAUUUUAGUGAUGAUAUAUCGUAUUCUGUAACUUCCCUCAAGACCAUCCCAGAAUUAUGUAGAAGGUGCGAUUCCCAAAAUGAAGACAGAUCAGUUUCCAGCAGCAGCUGGAACUGUGGAGUCUCAACUCUUAUCGGAAAUGCACAGAAACCAACAGGAAUUGCAGAUGUAUGCAAUAAAUUCAGACCAGUGAAGAGGGUUUCCCCAUUAAAGCACCAGCCAGAAAACUCUGAGAACAAUGAAAGUGAUGACCAGAAGAACCAGAAGGGAGAAUAUCAGAAAGGCAGCGAUUCUCAAUCUGCACCUCCAAAUGAUGACCAGAGCCCAGGAGGAGAGAGCCUUGAAAGCAAAAACAUUGAGCCUGCUGUUCUGCUUGGGGAGCUGGAGCACUAUGACCUGGAUAUGGAUGAAAUUUUGGAUGUGCCUUAUAUUAAAUCAAGCCAGCAGCUUGUUCCUUUUACAAAGGUAGCUCCUGAGAAAAAACUUUUGGGUGUAUGUUCCACAGUGAAUGGUCUUAGUGGCAAGACCUGCUCUGCAGGGAGCACAGAGAGCUCGCCUGCUGGCGGGACGCAGUUCUGUGUGCUGUCUCCUGUGAAAGCCUCUCAGCUGAGAAAAACGCAGCCCAUUGUCCUUGAUCAGCACAAGCAUUUAACAGAAGAAUUAGAGCUUUCCCAGCCUUUAGUUAAGUGUAGCUCAGUCCAUGAAUCUGAAGCCCAGGGCAAGGGCUUCCUCAGCAGGACAUUUGGUGAUCCUCACUCUCACAAAACUGAGAAGACUAUGCCAAACUGCCACCUGAGGACUUUCCACCUGCAGACAGCAGUGGCAGAAAGCAAGCAACUAGAAGAACUGAGUAUGAACUGGAGCAGUUCAGGGGGCCCAGAAGAGAGGAGCGAAGAGGUGAAAAAAAUUAAGAGCAUCUUAAACAUUGUGAAGGAAGGCCAAAUAUCUUUACUGCCACAUUUAGCAGCAGAUAAUCUGGAUAAGAUCCAUGAUGAAUGUGACAACAAUCUGUUGCAUGUAGCAGCAUCAAAGGGACAUGCAGAAUGCCUGCAGCAUCUCACUUCUUUGAUGGGUGAAGACUGUUUGAAUGAACGAAACAUUGAGCAGCUAACUCCAGCUGGAUUAGCAAUAAAGAAUGGUCAACUGGAGUGCGUUCGGUGGAUGGUGAGCGAAACAGAAGCUAUUGCAGAAUUAAGUUGCUCAAAAGACCACCCAAGCCUUAUUCAUUAUGCAGGUUGCUAUGGCCAGGAGAAAAUCCUUCUGUGGCUUCUUCAGUUUAUGCAAGAACAAGGGAUUUCACUGGAUGAAGUUGACCAGGAUGGAAAUACUGCUGUUCACAUAGCUGCUCAACAUGGCUAUCUGGGAUGCAUACAGACAUUGGUUGAAUACGGAGCAAAUGUCACCAUGCAAAACCACGUGGGAGAGAAACCCUCACAAAGUGCUGAGCGACACGGGCACACCAUGUGUUCCCGCUACUUAGUGGUGGUGGAGACAUGUAUGUCAUUGGCCUCUCAGGUUGUCAAGCUUACUAAGCAGCUGAAGGAGCAGACAGUGGAACGUGUGACGUUACAGAACCAACUCCAGCAGCUUUUAGAAGCCCAGCGGUCAGAGGGCAAGUCACUGCCAACGUCCCCAAGCUUGCCAUCGUCUCCUGCUUCUGGCAAACCCCAGUGGAAACCAUCUGAAGCAGAUGAAUUGUCUCCACCAAAAAGUAAAUUGAACACCCAAGAUGGGAUUCAGAUUCUUGGCAGCUUGGGAACUUCUAGUCGCACUCGAGCCAAGAUAAAAGAUGAGGACUCAGAUAAAAUCUUACGCCAGUUAUUGGGGAAGGAAAUCUCUGAAAAUGUCUGUAUGCAGGAAAAGCUGACUUUGGAAUUUCAGGAUGCUCAUGCAUCCUCCAAGAACGUGAAGAAGAUUUUGCCAGAGAAAAGGGAGCUGAAGUUAGCCAGACUGAGGCAACUGAUGCAGAGGUCACUCAGCGAGUCUGACACAGACUCAGCUAAUUCUGAGGACCACAAGAACACCCCUGUGAAAAGAACUGACAAACCGAGGCCUCAGCCCAUAGUGGAGAGUGUUGAGAGCACAGAGAGUUUACACCUGAUGAUUAAGAAACAUACUUCCGCAGCAGGACGUCGCUUCCCUUUUGGUAUCAGGGUCUCUAAGUCUGUGGACGGCCACAGUCCUUCCCCUACUUCAGAGAGCAGCGAUCCGGACAGUGAAGCCCCGUAUCAGUCUGGUACUGUACCUCAGAACCAGUUUUGUGGAGACAACUCUCCAUCCAGCACAGACAGUGCCACUGCUCAAAAGGUUGCCACCAGCCCUAAGAGUGCUCUCAAGUCCCCAUCUUCAAAGCGCAGAACCUCCCAAAAUUUGAAACUCCGAGUAACUUUUGAGGAGCCUGUGGUGCAGGUGGAGUUAGCAGAGUCAGAACUAAAUGAGGAAAAGGAUAAAGACCGGGGCAAAGGACUCGUGCGGGCUCCACCCAGCUCUGGAGAGCCAGCGGGGGAUCAGCUGAAAAGGCCUUUCGGAACCUUUCGGUCCAUAAUGGAGACGCUUAGUGGCAACCAAAAUAACAACAACAACUGUCAAACGGCAAACCUGAUCAAAACCUCAUCAACGCUGCCUUUUACCUCAUUAGGAAGGAAGACAGCAGACAGCAAGGGAAGUCCAGCAGCUCUCACAAAAGGAAGAAACAAGCCAGCAUGAUGACAUCAAUAGGAAAAGCUGGAAAUCCGACAGUCAAAAGAGUACUGAAGAGACAGAGCUGCAGGAAUUCUUC